AUGUCGGGAGCUUCUACCGAAGGAAAGCCUAUUACAUGCGUUGCUGCCGUGGCCUACGAGGCAGGUAAACCGCUAACCGUCGAAGAAAUCAUCGUUGAGCCACCUAAGGCUCAUGAGGUCCGUAUCAGGGUUGAGUAUACUGCCGUAUGCCAUACUGACGCCUACACGUUAUCUGGGGUUGACCCUGAAGGUGCAUUUCCCAGCAUUCUGGGACACGAAGGCGCAGGAGUCGUUGAAUCUGUCGGAGAAGGUGUCACUAAUGUCAAACCUGGGGACCAUGUCAUUGCUCUUUACACUGCCGAAUGUCAGAAAUGCAAAUUCUGUCUCUCCGGUAAGACUAACCUCUGUGGAGCUGUGCGUGCUACUCAAGGGAAGGGUGUUAUGCCCGAUGGAACCUCCAGGUUCAAGAACAAGAAGGGCGAAACGCUGUUCCAUUUUAUGGGGUGCUCGACGUUCUCUCAAUAUACUGUGGUAGCUGAUGUCUCGGUGGUUGCUGUGGAUCCGUCCGCUCCUCUCGAGAGCAUCUGUCUUUUGGGUUGCGGUGUCACUACGGGUUACGGCGCCGCUGUGAAGACUGCAGACGUUCAAGAAGGCGACACAGUGGCAGUUUUUGGCGGUGGCACUGUUGGACUCUCUGUGAUUCAAGGUGCCAAACUUAGAAAAGCGUCCAAGAUAAUCUUGGUUGAUAUUAACGACGAGAAGAAGAAGUAUGCGAAAGAAUUCGGUGCUACCGACUUCAUCAAUGGCAGAACUGAUUUGAAGGAGGGCCAGACUAUAGUCGAGAAAUUGAUUGAAAUGACUGAUGGUGGGCUCGACUACACCUUUGACUGUACUGGUAACACCAAGGUCAUGAGAGAUGCGCUAGAGGCGUGCCACAAAGGAUGGGGCACUUCUAUCAUCAUAGGAGUCGCGGCAGCGGGUGAGGAGAUAUCCACCAGGCCAUUUCAGUUGGUGACAGGUAGGGUCUGGAAGGGCUCCGCAUUUGGUGGUAUCAAGGGAAGAUCAGAAAUGGGUGGACUCAUUGAAGACUACAAGAAAGGCAAAUUAAAAGUUGACGAAUUCAUCACCCAUAGGAAGCCUUUUGCGGAAAUCAAUGAGGCUUUCGAGAAUUUACAUUCUGGUGAGUGCUUGAGGACUGUUCUUGACUUGCAAAACAGUCCAUGUAUCUGCUGA